CCCGGGCAGUGAGGGGUCUCUGUGUGCCAGAGAGAAAGUGGACAGAGUGAGAGACCGGUGCGCUCUGUGUCUGCAGUGGAGUGCCUGACUGGUCAGCAGAUUGACACGGACUGUCAGUGAGACCCGGUGCUGUCAGUGACCAUGGACGGCGCAUCCGACGGGCCCGGGCCGGUCGAGACGAGUGGCGCCGCCCGCUCCGACCCGCGCCACGGCCCCGAUAACAGUGCACCACACCGCGCCGACUCCAAGCCUGACGUCACCCAGCCGGCCGGCCGCGCCACCUCGCGGCUCAGCUGGCGUGACGUCAUCGUCAUCGCCAACGUCGUCACGGGCAACCUGCUGUUCAGCAGCGUGGCCUCCAUGAUUGUGCCGUUCUUCCCGACCGAGGCCGAGCGGCGGGACGUGCCGCAGACCUGGGUGGGCGCCGUGUUCUCGGCACACGCCGUAACCAUGCUGGUGACGGCGCCGCUGGCCGGUCGAGCUGUCCCAGCGCUCGGCGUGGCGCGCGUGUUUCAGCUCGGACUGGCACUGACCGGCGUGGCUACUGUAGGGUUCGGCCUGGUUGACCGGAUUGAUUCCCAGACAGGGUUCAUUGCAGCCAGCACGGCGGCACGCGUAGCGGAGGCGCUCGGCACGGCAGCUGCGUACACAGCCGGCUGCACCAUCAUCGCCAACCAGUUCCCGCAGCGGGUGCACUUUCUGUUCGGACUCGGGGAGACCAUGGUGGGCGUGGGGAUGGCUGCCGGUCCGGCGCUGGGGGGCCUCCUGUACGCCGCCGGCGGCUACAGCGCGCCGUUCUACGCGCUGGGCGGCGUCACGGUAGCGGCUGCUGUGCUGAGCUGGUGCUCGCUGCCGGCGCUGAGCGGCGCCCCCCAGCAGCCGGCCGGCGGCGCGCAGCUGCUGCGCCUGCUGCGCUGUCCCGAGGUGGCUCUGAACGUGGCCACUGUUAUCACCGUGUCUGCGGGCUACACGGCGCUGCGUCCCGGUCUGGCGCCGUUCGCCGCCGCCCGGCUCGGCGUCUCGGCCGAGCAGCUGAGUCUCUACUUCCUGCUAGCCGGCGGCAUGUACACUCUAACCGGUCCUCUGGUCGGGAAGCUCUGUGACCGACUGGGCAGCACCUACCCUCUGAUGGCGGUGGCGCUGGCGCUGGCGGCGGUAGGCCUGGCGCUGUUCUGUCCGCCGGGUCUGCCGCCCAGCCGGCCGCUGCUCGUCACCGGUAUGACGGUCCGAGAGCUGUUCCUCGGCGGCGCGCUCAUCCCGACGUUCGGUAACCUCCUUCACGCGGCGCUGACCGCCGGCCUUGCCGACACCGUGGCCACGCAGGCGCUGGUGUCUGCCGUCUGGGCGGCAUCGUUCUCCGUGGGCAGUGUCGUCGGCCCGCUGGCCGGUGGCCUGCUCACGGACGCCGCCGGCUUCUCAGCGGCAGUGGACGUGUUCAGCGCUCUGGUGCUGCUGAUGGCACUGCCGGCGCUUGCGAUGGCCUGCGCGCAGGGCCGGCGGGCCAUCAGUCUGAAGGAGACACCAGCAGACACUGAGGGGGAGAAGUCUGCAGUGGACGAGAGUGCAGAGCUGACAGAUCGCACCCCGCUGGUGUAGUAGCCAUAGAAGACUUCGACGGGACGGCUAACGGCACGCAAAGCGCACACUUUUAGUUACCGCAUCGGUAACCUUCGUGGGAAAAUAUCAAUGAGCCCUUCGUAGUUGCUGCUAUCAUACUGUCUGCGUCAUUGUUGCGCUUUCUGCAUCUCCUGUUCUGUUGUCUGACUGCGCCCGUAUACUGACUCCCUCGCGCUAUAUUCUCUGACCUGCAGCCCUCGGAAUGGAUCCCAGUGGGUUAAAUCACGACUGGAUGCUAAUACAUGAAACUCAUCUCUCGUCGCCUUGGCUGGCG